CAGUAGUGAUUAUAUUCUCUUUACCAGCUGCUUGUGGCAAACAACAGACUGCAAGCUACGGCAAUGGCUUGGCUUGGCUUGGCAUAUACGCUUACACCCCGUCAUCAGUCCACACGCUUGCCUGUGCUUGUGUUGUUACUUGUUUGCUGUUUUUUUGUCGAUCAGCCAGACCCUCAAAAUAAGUUGCUAGGUCUCCUUGUGAGGUGUAGGUUCUUGCAGAAUGCAAUCUGCAAAAUCUCAAGUUUUAAUCAUUUCUUUGGUGUAAAGAUGGAUUGGACUUCAGUUUGUAAUCAAUUCAAACAAACUUGGCUUACAACUCUUCUUAGUUUGAUUUUAUUCUCUGGAGUUACUUACUUCUUGAUAUGGUCCGAGGGUCAAACAAUCCAAAGUAACCUCAUCUUGGAAGAACUAGUUUCUGCUGCGGAGAGUAUAGAUGUGCAUGCAGGAGAUGAAGCAGAGCGUUACGAAGGCCGUGUUGUGCACAUUGUAGGCCCUUUGAGAGUCUUGGAGCCAAUCUCAGAGCCUGACUAUAACAUUCACGUCCAAGCUGUGAAGUUGAGAAAAAGAGUGCAAAUGUAUCAAUGGAUAGAGGAAACUACUGAAACAGAAAAUUUCUUAAGUGAGGCAGCUGAAGAAUCUCAAAAAACAUAUUGGUACCAUAAAGACUGGAGAGACUAUGUGGUGGAGUCGUCCUUAUUUUACAUCAGACCAGGCCACCAUAAUCCAACCUCUUUCCCGAUGUUUAGCGAAACCCAUAUAGCAGAUAAUGUUAAAAUUGGAUGGAUGCAUUUAGGCUUAGAUGUAAAAAGGAAGGUAAAUGACUAUUAUGAAAUCUGGUCAGACACAAGACCUGACCGCAGCGAUAUUAAACUGCAUUCCGGCUUUUAUUAUCAUGGGAACAGUGCCCUGGAACAUGAAAUAGGUGAUCUUCGAAUUCAUUUCUCUUAUGCAGGACGAGAGGAUGACAUUUACACAGCAGUGGGUGUGGUUGAGAGGGGUGUGCUUCAACCGUACAGUCCAGAGAAUUUUCCAACGGCAGACCCAUUAUCAUUAAUGAGGAAGGGCUCGUACAGUCUCAAGCAGUUGUAUGAUUUGGAGAAAAGUGUGGCUAAUACACAUACAUGGAAAUACAGGAUGCUAGGAUUCGUACAAGUUUUUGCAUCUACUAUGACACUUCAUCCUGAAUGGCUGACUCUUUUUAUGCAGUGCCAAUGGAUUUCAAGCAACUUAAGGAGGUGCACAAGACUUUGGAUUAACUUAGUUUUAUCAUUUUCGUAUACACUGUUCAUUAUAUCUAUACCAUGGUUGUUUCACAAGCCAUCGUUUGGUGUUAUGAUACUUGGCGGCGCAAUACUGCCCAUACUUCACUAUUCCACACUGUUUAGUCGAGACACUGCCGAAUCAACAAGAUAUUCCCGCUGGGAAGAUCGCUGACCCAUACACAUUACUUUGUGGAAGUUGCUCAAAAUGGUUGUUUAAUAUAAUACUAGCGGAUGCCCGCGACGUCAUUUGCGUGGAUUAAUUUUGGGGAACUCUGAUUUUCCGGGAUAAAAAUCAUGUCACUAUCCAGGGUCUUUUAACUGAGAAUUACAUCCAUGCAAUCAGUCACGCAGGUCCAUUGUUCGGCGUGAUUGAAGAGCAGAUCAACAAACAAACAGUUUCGCAUUUAUAAUACGACUAGUGAGUUAUAACUUAUAAGAAUGAUAUAUUUUUACACAAACUAGUAUGGUUUGGUAAUACUUUUACCUGGACUAUUUUUACAACUCCAAAGACCAAAAAAAAUCACUGAGAUUUGUAAAAUUUGCUAAUAUGUCACAUUUCUUGGCUACUUCCGAGGGCGAAGGAAGAAGUAUAGGACAGACAGACAGACAGCAGAGUGACAUUAAUAAGACUCGAAAUCCUGAAACUUAUAAAUAAAUAAUCGCACAUACCUUAAUCAAAAUAUUUAUAUGAAUUAAAAUAAUAAUAUAUUAAACAUUAUCAAUUUGUUCAAUUGAAUUAUUUAGUUUUAAUGUUUGUUCUAGUCAUAAUAAUUAAGAAAUAAAUAUUUUUUUAAUUAAAAUGACAAAACAUGUUUUUAUUUAAAGUACCAAAAACAAUAUAACUUAAAACACUAAUACUAAUAAUAAUAAUAAUUAAUGAGUAACAUUAUAAAUGAGAAUGUACAUGGUAUUAUUGUUAGAAGGUUUCAUAAUAAUAUUAAGACAAGGAACAAUCCUGCAAGUAAUUAAAUAAUGUUUUUUCAGUACAAUUUUUGCCAUAAUGGUAUGGUAUCUUGUAAACAACAAACAUUUAAUUAAUUAUUAUUAUUUUAAUAGUUAGCUUAAGUUAAUAGCUUCUUUUCUAUUAUACUGUGUACCUAGUAAGGUACAUAGUAUAAUAGAAUAGAAGCUAUUAACUUAAUAUUCGACAUGAUACUAAUUGUUGAAAAUGUAUUCAAUUUGUCGGAAUUGGCAUAUCAGAUAUCAGAUUGGUUUGUUUAGUGUAAAAGUACAAUUUUCAUUGAACACUUAUACAAUAAAUUUAUUUAAAUACAUUAUAA